UCACGGCAAGAUGGCCGAAUCUGAAAGAGAAACAUUGCCAACUGAUUGCGCUAUCAUCCAUGAGAUAUACGACAAUGGAGACGCCCAGGAACAGUUUGAAUAUGAACUAGAGCAGGCUCUUGAGUCUUGCCGUAGUAUCAUCAUCAUUGAACCCUCCAGGCUUGGUGAUGAGACAGCUCGCUGGAUCACAGUGGGAAACUGCCUCCACAAGACGGCCGUCCUUGCUGGAGUAGCGUGCUUAGUCAGCCCCUGGAUGCUGCCGAGUAAAGUCACAAACUUUGUAAGCAUUCCCUUCGGAACAGUAAGCGUGGCGUGCGCUACCCUGUACGGAAUCUCCUGGCAGUUUGACCCGUGCUGCAAGUACCAGGUGGAAUACGACACUAGGAGUCUAGCUCGGCUGCCACUACACACACUAACAACAGCGACACCAGUGGUCUUGGUUCGAAGGGAGGAUAAAUACCGCAAAACACUGCACAAUGUUAUAGCUGGACUAGCCGCUAUAUGUCUCACCUAUAAAUUCUAUCACUUGUGCGCCCAAUGAUGACUCGAGAAUUUAAUUUAACCAUAGGAAAUUUUUAUGAAUUGAGUGCUCUAAGUUCAAACCUCAAAACUUUAUGAGUAACUUGUGUGUUUUUCCUGUGGCAUUCAGACUUGCCAGAAAGUGUUGUAAAUUCUACUGUCGAGUUUUUGAAAGAUGUAAUUGUACUAAAAAAGUGAAUGUAAGUUUGAAGUAAUGAUGUGAAUGCAGAAUUCUUCAGACAUGGUGGAAUUCCAACAAAAGUUUGUACUAUAAUCUUGUUUGUUUCACUGACUAACAAGGUUUAGCGACUAAGUGUCGACGUCGCAAGUGAGCAUUUUGGGAAUUAAACAUUAGUCACGAGUAGUGUCAAAAACAGGACU